AAAUUAAACUGGAGCAGUAUGAUAGAAAAGACGAAGAAGGUUGGGAAAGAAAUAAGAAAUGGCGAAUGUGAGUCGGACAGGCGUGGUGGUGUGCACGGACACCUGCGGCUGCCCCGCGCCGUGCCCAGGCGGCGAUGUUUGCAGGUGCGUGGUGGUGGAGACAGGAGCGAGUGGGGAUCCGAACAUGGAGCACAAGCGGUGCACGUGCGGGGAACACUGCGGGUGCAACCCCUGCACCUGCUCCAAGACCGAGAUCGCCGGGACGGGGAAGGCUUUCUGCAAGUGCGGCCCCGGUUGCACGUGCGUCACAUGUACCGCCUAAACCUCUUUAUCAGGAAUCAGUUACCAAACAAUCGUGUUCCCGUCUGUCUUUGUCUGGCCCAUGGAUCUGUAGAUACUCUACUGGGUCUGUCCAGCAGUGGCUGAUAAAUAUGUCUGUGUGUGUAUCAACUGUGUAGAAUUUUGAGGUAUAAUGGAUAUACGAUACAAUAAUAUUCAUAAAA